AUGUCUUAUUUAUUGUCAAAUUGCCAUUCUUCUGAUUACCAUUACAAUAAUGAUAUUUCUGAUACGGCUUUGGCUACCACGAUUCCUCAUUCUACGUUUUUAUUUAUUCAUCAGGUCAUUAACGGAUAUAUUUCUACGACAAUGCAUAAUAUGAUCAAUAAGACGAUUUUUCUUAAAUUAUAUAAACUUAUCACGCCACAUGUAGAUAAGAAUUAUAGAUACUUUCCACCGACCGCCUUCGAAAUUUAUACGCGUGAUACAUUCGCAAGAUACACUGACAACCUUAAGGACCACCAAAUAAAAGACAAAUUAGUAGAUUUAUCAGUUCAAAUUUGUCGCGAAUGGAAAUUCGCGUCGGCGGAAACAAAAGAAGUUUAUAGAGUAUUGGAAAGGUGUUCUCACAUAGUUUACGAAUAUAUGAUGAAAAUUUCUAGACAUGAUAAUCUAGAAAAAAAUUCUCUCAUUUCUAUUUCUUCACUGAUUCCACCUUCUACUUUUACAUCUAACACGAAUAAUCUCCGGCCAGAAUAUAAAAAUAAAUCUUUUGUAUCUUUUAUCGAUCAAACUGAUACACGUAACAAGACUCUAAAAAGACCUAUACAAAGUUCAACAAAACAAAGCUCACUCUCAGAUCAUACAAAUCACUCAAAUCAUGUGCAAUGCCCAUCUCAUAGACAACUUAUUUCUCGUAAUUUCCCAUAUCCAGAAAACCCGAUCUCCUCAAACACUCGAAAAUUAAAUCUCUUGCUACACGAAGAUUCUUCACCAUCUGAUAUCAUGGAUCCUUCAGCAUCUCAAUUUCAACUCGAUUUUGCAAAUGCAUUCUUUUAUGAAUCUUCAAAACGGUCGGUCAAACGCUUUCCAUCUAUUAAUAGAUCGUCUCAACCCUCAAUUGCUCCUCAAAUUCGACGAGAGUCCUUAACAAACACACCAACCAUUUCUUCUCGUUUUGGUUUUAGCAACUGCCAAUUCCCAUUAAUGCAGACUCCAUUAAUGCAGAUUAGAGAAAUAAGCCCCGUUUGUCCUAUUCAAAUAUUAGACAUGAAACCAGAUUUUUUGAACAAUGCAUACGAUCUAAAGCUAGUCAGGUCCAUUAAUGAAAAACUUGAAAUAGAUUUACAUUGUAAAGUUUCUUAUUCAUUGUAG